AAGAAGAAAUGGAAGUCGACAGCUCAGCUGCUCACGUUGCCUUAACCAGAACUCUCCCUCUCUCAUAGAGUAUUUGCAGUGUGUCUUUACCUGGGAGAGGUAGACUACAGCAUUCUUAUUAGUCGUUGACCAGAGGUGUCUACAACAUUAAGAUCAGAUGGCAAUUCUGUAACUUAGCAUGCACUGCACGCUAAUGGAAUCGUUUUAGUUAACCAACAAGCUAGCGUGGACUGUUACUUCUGGUUAAUGCUGUCGUCAGUGAAAUAGCAGCUAACGCAGGAAGCUCGACAUACAAAACUCUAGCUAAGUACCAAACUAUUUCUGGUAUCUAAACUGCAUCUCUUACUGGGAUCAAGUCACCUAUCGUGUAAAGGUACCGACCAUGGCCUCGCGAGCUGGCCCACGAGCAACUGGGACGGAUGGAAGUGACUUCCAGCACCGGGAGCGAGUCGCCUCGCACUAUCAAAUGAGUGUGGCACUGAAAUCUGAGAUCCGCAAGCUGAACAUUGUCCAUGUGAUCAUCUGGCUGCUGAUAUUGGCUCAGGUGACGGUGAGCCAGCUGAACCUGGUCUCGCACGACGUGGUGGCCAGCCCUUACAACUGGGAGUACCCUUAUCUCCUCAGCCUCUUCCCCACCAUCUUCAGCUUCAUGGCCAUGCCCCGCAAUAACAUCAGCUACCUGGUCAUCUCCAUGAUCAGUGCCGGGCUCUUCUGCAUCGCGCCCAUGAUAUAUGGAGGCAUGGAGAUGUUCCCGGUGGCCCAGCAGCUCUACCGCCACGGCAAGGCCUACCGCUUCAUCUUCGGCUUUUCGGCCGUGUCCGUCAUGUACCUGGUGAUGGUCAUCGCCGUGCAAGUGCACGCCUGGCAGAUCUAUUACAGUAAACAGCUGUUGGAUUCCUGGUUCACCUCCACGCAAGACAAAAAGAAGAAAUAGACUGACACAACAGACCUUUUUUAAGGAUUGGACAGGAUGUGGUCAUUUCAACUUGUCAAUCAGUUAUCCCUCUCCCACUGAUGCUAGUAUUUUUUAAUAUGUUUCAUCACGGCCAUGCUUAAGAGUUUAGAAUUGCUCUGCACUGUUUGACGAAACAAGGUGUACUGUCUCUGUCCCUGUCUAAAAGUCUUACUCCCAUCAUCUCAUUGCCCAGCCUGGGACAAAGAUUAAGAUGCGCCAAUUACAGACUGUCUUUGGUUUCACCUUCUUGGCUUAAGCUCGACCUGCUUGCCUCUUGAUCUGCUCUCUCCAUUCCUGACGGCUUAUCUGCUCACUGUCUGUAAUCUGUCCGUUUGGCGGAUGCCUUUAUGUCUCGUUGGCCAGAGGUAGGAUAGGGUAGGGAUUUUCCUUGGCCAAACCACACCUGAUAAGCAGUGAGGGGAAGUGCAAUUAGGAUCUGUCUGUGCCACAAUGUGUCCACUCUGCGCCUCAUUCCCAAACACACACACACACACACACACACACUGUUUUUUUCCCUGUUGCCUGUCUCCUAACUUAAUUUAAUUGGUAAUAAAUUCUGGACUGAAAAAAUA